AUGGCGUUGAAAUAUCAAACUGGGAAACGGACAUAUUUUGGAGAACCUGCGUCUCAGUAUAAACAGUUGCUACCAGAUGGCAGUCUUGAAACUGCCCCUUUUCUUACUGCUGCAAGUUUAAUACCACCACUCUUUGACAUUCUUGGUCCAACAGUGUUCUUGAUGAUAAAGAAGGACAUUCAAGGAAACAUAGAUAAACUGAAUGCUAAAUACAUGACAAACCCUGAAUUGUUCACAACAAUUAAUGCCAUCUUAGAAGAAGAAUUUGAAACAAAAAGUUCCACAAAUGGUCAAGUUGGGGCACUUUGGCUUAAAAGAGGUUUGGCGUUUAUACAAGAGUUCCUGAUGCUUGUUUUAGAAGGUGGAAAACAGGAUAGAAGUGAAAACAUUCAACAAUAUCUGCUGAAAGCCUAUGAAAAAGAUCUCAAGCAGCACCACUCAUGGGUGUUACGGCAAAUCAUUAUGCAACUUACAAAAGCCUGUCCAACACGAACAACAUUCAUAGAUCAACUAAAGAUGGACAAAGAAGCCAGUGAUGAAGAGGUUUAUAAUGACCUUCAAACUCAUCUAGAACUGAUGAAACCAAAUGUCGAACAGCUUGACAAGAUCCUUAGGGAAUUUAAGGUGGAGACGACUGAGCCAUUGUCAUAGAUUGAUAAUGAUAUGCCACUAGUGUCAUCAAGAUUACUGCCCCCGAAAACUACUGCAAACAACUUGCCAGCUUAAUUUGGAAAGAAUGUACAGUUCACUCUGUCUAAACUGGCCCUAUUUCUGAUACUGGUUUAAGAGGGAUUUAUUUUUUAGUUCUAAGUCUGUCACACUAUUCUCUUAAAUGAUAGUCUUGACAGCCAGACAUAGAUCCGAUGUACAGUCCAUGUGCUGGGUCUUGUGAAGAAACAUAAUUGCUCUGAGCAACAUUUCUUUUAUUUUCAUGGUUUCAGUGAUCAUGCAUUGCCAGUAUUGUACUGGAAUUAAAACAAUGAAUUCCAUAUAUUUCUGGUUCAAAACCUACUAUGUUAUGUGAGAAAUUUAUAUAUAUAUAUACACAGAUAUAUAUUAAAAUUUUAUAGAUAUACAAAAUUAUAAUGGAUACAUGUUUGUGAUUUUGGGUUUUUGUUUAAGAUUUUAGAAUGUGGUUCAAAACCUGUUACGUUAAAUAAGAAAUUUAUAAAUAUUAAAAUUUGUUAGAUAUAUAAAAUUUUAAUGGAUGCAUAUGUGUGCCUUUGGGUUUUGUUUAAGACAUUGAGACAGCUAUAACAUAAUAGAAAUACAACCAUUUUUGACUGGCUGUUUGGAAUUUUAGUUGAAUCAUGUAAUAAUGUGGAAGGGAGACAACUAUAGUUUGUUUUCUGGAUGAAUUUCCAUCUUUGAAUGAAAAAGCAUAAAGUUCUACAGAUGUAACUAUAUCUGCAUAAUUAUCUCAGGGACCUAAUCAUGAUUACACAGUUUAUUGAUGUGUUAAAGUGUUGCUUUCUAAUCACUUUUAGACACUUUAUUUUUUAACAAUUCCAGUUUCAACAGAUUGACUUUUUAUUUGAUAUCCAAUUGUUAAUGGCUUAUAAACCAUUCUAUAGUCCAUCCCAUUCUCCUACAAAACAUUUUUUGUAAAUAAUUUCAGUUUGGUUUGACAUCAGAAGAACAGUAAAAGUGUUUUGGAAUUUAUUUAUUUUUUACUAUUUUUGUGUGCAAUUUAUAAAAUAAUCAGCUCAGAAAUAAAUAACUUGUGGUAAAUUUUAUAGUAUGAAAAAAGUGUUCCCUGAUUAAACUAUUCAUGAACUUAAGUUUUGUGGACUGCUACUAUUCAGAGACCCACACACUGGUAGUUCCAUUUCUUGACAACGUAAAAAGGCGAGAGUGGGAGAUGUACCCUAAAUUCAGUGACAACAAGCCAUGCUAAUGUUUGUAGACUAUGACUGGUUCCUGGUGUGGUUCAAUAUGAAGUGCAUGCACCAGUCUUCUGAACAGUUUUCUGCGCUAUCUAUUGAAUGCAGUCAUAGAUGUUAAUUUUCCAUAGCAGCGACAUCAACUUUAGCAUUUUGCUUCAACAUUAGUGGUUAGGUCGAUUUAUCAUAAACCAUCAGUCUUGGAUCAGACAAACUUGCUUUAUGGCUGCAUCUAGACUAUAAAUGUUUAACUAAAGAUGCAAGUUAAAAAAAUUAAUGACAUUAUUUAUGUUAAAUUUUUUAACUUGCUAAUAAUUUUUAUUUAGUUAGUUUUAAGAACUAGAUUAAUUCUGAUUGUUACAUCAUACAUUAUUUCUUUAUUCACCAAGUGUACUUUAUGAUAGGAAAGACAUGAAAUUCUGUUGAAUUUUUGUUUUAUUGUGGUUAUAUAAUGUUCCGAUUACACACAUUAACUUAUGUUAAGUUACUGCAUGAGAAACAUUUGUGACUUUUGGUUCACUUUUAUUGUAUAACAAAGACUCAUAUGAAGUAUGGUGUUCUGGAAAGAAUGGAAUUUGCAAUAUUUUAUUUCAGGUUUGGAUAAAGUAUUUAAAAAAUCAUCCCUUUGUAUAUAAAGAUUAAAACAAAUAUUUUAAAAUCCAGUAUGGAAAACUGGACCAUAUGUUGUCCAUCAUCAUUUAAAUCUUUGGAGUUUUUGCUCCGAGUUUUGGGUGUUUGCCAUUUUGUUGGUAUAUCAUAUUAAUAUAGUAUUGUGUUUAUAUUUUUAGUACACAAGUUUUAGAAAAAUGGAUGUUUUAUGUAUUUUUGUAAAUCUUGAAAAAAUGUGUAUAUUUAGAAAACAUAUGGACAUUUGUUAUCUCAAAGGUGUACUGUAUUAGCAUUAAUCAGAUUAUUUUGCUGUAUUGUGAGAUAUUUUCUAAACAACCGACUGUUAUACACAAAUGGUUAAUCAUGGUCAUGGGGCCGGGGUGAAGUUCGGUGGUAGAACACUUGCAUUCACUGCGAUGGGUCAUAGAACCAAUGCCCUCAAUGGAUUAAGUUUUUGUCCUCAUCCCAAUUGGUGCCCCAUGACUGGUACAUAAAAAACAAUGGUAUGUACAGUCCUGUCUAUGGGAAAUACAUAUAAAAGAUCCCUUGCUGCCGCUUUAUCAUUAGAUGUAGCCUUUACAGUGGCAGCUGGUGUUUCCUCUCUUUCUCCCUAUCAACCAAAUGUCGAAAUGACCAUACAUGUACAUAUGUCAGACACCAGCACCCAUAUUUACGAAGCUAUCGUAGCGCAACGAAAAUCGUAAAACCAUUUUAGGGUGUAACGUCACUACAGAACACACCAUAGUGACGAUGAUUUUAGGAUUACGUAGGCUAAGAUUGCUUCGAAAAUAUGGGCGCUGAUAGGUAUAGUUUAAAAUGUGUUGAGAUGUUGAUAAACAAAUGUCCUUUUCUUUGUCAUAGUCUUCUCUUUUUUUUCACAGUCUGAUGUGUUAAAUUUUGCAGUGUGAAAUAUUUGUGACCGUUUUGGGUGUUUUUGUUGCAUAAUAUGUUUUUAGUUCACGGUUUAGCUGUGAUUUAUUUGGGUGCUAAGUGCUGGUUCUUUCAUGUACUAUACUAAUCCUAACGCAGCAACCUUUUUUGUUGUGUAAAAUAUACAUUGGUAACCCUAUGUGACUUCUCUUAGCAGGGAUAAAUAACUACAGAUUUUUCACGAAUACCUAAUUUUAGCCCCGCUUAAAAACUUCCAGUCCUUUGGCUUUGAAAAAAUUCUCCCAAUAUCCCCCCUCCCAUCAGACUUUUCAAGACCCUGCAUAGAUUUUCUGGACUUUUAUACACAGUAAUUUGCACCUCUUGUUUCAAUUUUUUUUUUUUUAAUUAAUACAAAACUGAUAAGAGAAGUUUUUCAAACAUUAAUACAGUAUUCAAUUAAAAAUGUAUAACAUUAACACGAUACUAAUUAUAGUGGUGCCUUAUAACACAAUUGUUUAAAAAUGCUUGAUGAUGUACUUUAUGUCAUGUUUUGGGGAUUUUUUGGUUUUUUUUUACGGUUGUCUCCCAUUUGUUACACACCUGCAUAUUCCCAGUUCUUACACAGUCAGCUUAGGGACUAAUUAAGCAAACCCCUAUAACCUUAGUGGAACAGUCUAGUCCAAUUCAACUGUUCAAUUCAAUUCAACUUUAUUCCAUCAAACCAAUCACAUUGGUACAUAAUACAUGUAUGCUUUUGUAAAUUGAUAUGCAAACUGUAAAUCAGGAAAAUAAUGCGUGUUUAAACUAAACAAUCCAAGCACGUGUGAUUAACAUUUACAGUGUGAAUAUGAUUGUAGUAUGCUGUAAUAAGCCAGUACUCACAAAUCGGAAAUGAAAAUAACACGGACAGAGUUGUCAAGGUUUUUUUCUUCUACUAUUAAUUAAUUGGCAACUUAGUGAAUAUAUGUUCGGUUCUUGUGUCUUAAUUGUGAAUAGAAGGUGAGUCUACCAUUGCAUACGAGGUAGAAGGUAUAGGAUUAGCAGUUCACUCAACCAUGACCUACAUGUAUGUUGUUAUAAGGUGUGUAAAAAAUGGGAGGAUACCUUUUUUAAAUUUUGAUACUGAAUACACUAAUUACCUGUAAUUAACUAUUUUUGAAAGAUAAUAUUACUUCAAUUGGCCCAAAUCAAAAGCUGGGAGUGUCGAUAGGCAUGGUCCCCUGAAACUGUAUAUAUACGGUAUGAUGUAGAUCUGGCAUCAAAAUAAGCAAUGUGUUUGAUAACCCAUGUACAUUACUACACAUUUAUAUUUCCAUUAUUAUUAUUAUUAUUAUUAUUAUUAUUAUUAUCAUUCCAUUAUGAUGAUAAUUAUUAUUAUAAUUAUAAAAUCCUUUUAGUAUACACACCAAUACUUUGUUAUUCAUUCAUGUCACUGUUCUCACUGUACUGAUACUGUAUGUGUAUCUAAACUUUACAGUGGCGAGUGGAUCCAUAAAAUCCAUUUAGGGUGCCCCCAAUGACAUGUGGCCGAAGGUAAAGUGGUCCAUGUAGGUCACACUGACUCAGGCCUGAUGCAUUGGCUCAAGUUAUAUGUGAUGCAAUUUUCAAUGAACUCUGUAAUUGCAUGUUUCAUUUUUGUCAAUGCUUAUGUUAAUAAAGCUAUACUUUUAAUGUUAUAAUUGCACAUCUACCACAGUCAAUUAUCUUGCAAGCAACAUGAGAGUACCUAUUAAUAUUUUAACAUGCAAAAGAAAUUUAAAAAUUUCAGACUUACUGAAAUGCUUUUCAAAUAUUUUGAAAUUGUAUUAAUAAAGUGCUUAUAUAGUCGAUGAUUAAAACAAUAUGGCUGAAAAUUAUUAUGCUUGACAAUGUUAGAUGUCUUUUGCAUGUCAGUCUAUUAAUAGACUUCCUCUAAUGCAUACAUGUAUAUACUGGUGAAGGACCUACAUUCAUCAUUUCAAGAUGUCACCAAUCAUAAACAUUAUCCAUGUAUUUAGCCUUUAAAUACAGUGAUAUCCCUCUGAACUGGACACUCACAGAACUAAGUAAAAAGGUGAGAAAUAUUAGGUUUACUGAAAAUGUAUAUUUUUUAUCGAUAUUUAAAAAGUCACAAAACUGUCAAAAACAACAACUAAAUUGUAUAUAAAAUAAUAUAUUUAUGAUAAUUUGACACUGCGACAUUUCACGGUAUGUUCCAUUGAAAGUUGAUGUGGAAAUGAAUUGAUGCUAUUAAUAUAUUGUCCACAAAGUGGAUUCAAGGUAUUGUACUUUUAUUUAAUAUUCUUUAUUUCAUUAAAUAAAUAAUGUGAAAGAAAAGACAAUUUAAGUCCUUCAUUGGAAACCCAUUAAAUUAAAUUAAGUCAUAGUAAAUCCUUAUUGUUAUUUUGUUAACAGGACAAGUUGCCCAUAAUUAUAAUUACAGCCAACUUGAACAUGCGUAUAUACUGUAUCUGCCGAGGUGAUAUUUGGAGCAAUUAAGUCUGAUAGUCUGGUUUUCAGAGGUACAAUUUACAUUAAAAAAAUACAUCAACAUAAUCAGGGCCCACAUUUUUCGAAGCAGUCUUAUUCUAUGAAAUUGUUAAAUAAUCUUAAGUCAUGACGUCACUAGGGCAUGUGCUGUAGUGAUGUCACACCCUAUGAUGGUUCUACGAUUUCGUAGCGCUAAGAUAGCUUUGAAAAUAUGGGCCCAGGACUCGAUUAUUAGUUUGCACAUGUAGUUUUGGCUAAAUUUUGUUGUUAAAAGGUACGUUAAAUCAUGAGACCAUUAAAAAUGUGGAUUUUUAAGGGAAGUCCAGUUUACUAAGUGUCCAGUAUUGAGGGUUUUCACUUUAUAUUCAAACAUACUAUAUAGGUUGUGAUAUUAUCCAUGGAAUAAAGCCUUGCUUACGGUGAUAACAUUAUGUCAUCUAUUCCAGGUGAAAAGAACAUGUUUGAUUCAAUUCAUAAAUGUUUUAGGAAUUUAAUUUCCAAUUAUGGAUGUGAGGUUGGUUUUAAAGAUUUGUUAAAAAAUACUGUUUAUAUUGUUAUAUUGUUGGAUUCAUGUUUGAAUAAAUUAUUUCAUAAGAAGUUACUACUUUCGGUAUUUUAUGUGAAUUUGUUUUGUUAACAGAAAAAAACAGUGUUUUUACACACUUGAGAAUUUACCUUGUUUUAAAUGUUAAAAAAACCCUAUCUUGAAUUACUAAUAAAAUUAUUAGUGUGA